GCCCCGGAACGCAACCGUGGUGGGGAUGAUACGACCGUAGUUUGAACAUCGCCUGGCGCCCAGAUCAGUUAAGGCAAUCGUUUUUCCGCCUGCACUCUUUGAAUUAGGAGCACGCCCGUCCAGAGCCCUAGUGGAUACGGUCUGGACGCCGGAGCUGAUCGCGAUCCACGACGUCCGCCAUGACCGCGCCUACCGGUGGCCGUCUGCGAAACGAUCUUGUCCUGGCCAUGCAAAAUCCGUCCGUUGUGCUGUACUCUGACGAGUUCGUCACCAUCAUAGCCGACUUGUACCCGAAGUCCGAGCACCACUAUUUGGUUCUGCCCAAAGAAAACAUACAGCAAUUGCGGUCGCUUAAGAAGUACCACAUUCCCAAGCUCAUCUAUAUGGAGCUCGUAGGACUGGAGUUCGCCAGGCACAUAACUGGACUGCCCGUGAAAAAUUUUUAUGUUGGAUUUCAUGCUUUUCCGUCGAUGGAACGACUUCACUUGCACGUUUUGAGCAACGAUUUUCGAGGAACUCAUAUGAAUCAACCACAUCAAUGGAAUUCAUUUCAUACAGAAUUUUUCGUAUCAACUCAUAAAGCUAUUCUUGAUUUACAAUCACUGGGAUACGUUAAUCUGCCCCCCAGUAAGAAAAGUUUGUAUCAAUCAUUGCGAUGUCAUAUGUGCUAUUAUUUCAGUAAUGACAUCCAAAAUUUAAAAUUACACUUGAACUUAUUUCAUAAUUAGCUGAUAAACGACAUUAACAAUGUUUUUUACUUCCAAUUUGUAUUAUAAUAUUUUACAGUUGUAUUUUAUUGAAGCAUUUUAUUA